AUGGCUUACGGUUUUCGAACAUGUUGUGUAGUAACAUUUUUGGUCAUUCUCGGUCUGCUUCUUGUCGGACUAUACAAGUGGUUGAAAUGCUGUGAGCAAAAUUACGAGUGCUUCGACUGUAAUUCAUUGAAUAGAAUUGAAUCGAUUGAAGUUUGUUGUAUGGAUUUAAACGAAACUGAUGCGGCAAAGAAAUUCUUCGAUCUUUUGGAUGAAAGAGAUAAAUUGAAGGUUGUUCGAUUGAGAAUUGCUGGGUGUGAUCAUGCCAUAAUUAAGAGAUAUGCCGAAUCAUUUCCAAAUUUACUUUUAUUGGACAUUUCGUACUCAAAUAUUGAGUCGUUGGAAUCGCUUGAUUUGCAGCACAAACAUUUGGUGAAAUUUAAUGCAUCGCAUAACAAAUUGAAAGAUAUCCCCGAAAAUUUCUUCGCAAAAAUGCCCAACAUCAAUGACGUGGAUUUUUCGCACAAUUUAAUUGAAGACAUCGAUAAAGUGAGAGAAAUGCCACUUAAAUCGGUUUGGAUUCACUUGUCGAACAACAAAAUACGUGGCCUACUUUCCUACAUCUAUGAUGAUCUUUUGAAUUUGGAGUAUUUGGACUUGAGUAAUAAUUCAAUAGACUUGUCGCGUAUUGUAGACUUUGAAAUUGGAGAUAGCUUAGAAACAAUACGACUGGAAAACAAUAGACAAUUGAAUGCAGAUCAGAUUUGGCCACUAGUAAACAGUGGGGUUUCAGUAUACGUUUCGUGGCGAGACAAUGAUGCUAAUCUCUUGGGAACGUAUAAGGGAACUAAAUUACGUGUCAUUGUCACCAAUCGGACUGAAGAAGGUAUUUUUCGCAAUUCAUCAAGUGGAAAAAUCGAAUUACAUUGUAGAGAAGACGAAAUAAACGCGCAAGUAAUGCAAGGAAAAGAAAAUUCUGAAAUUCAUGUUAACAUCGAUAGCAAUCAAAUUGAAAAUCCAACGGAAUUGUUGAAGUGUUUCCGGUCAUCAAAUGCAAAAAAGACAUACUUACAGUUGCAUGGAAGAUUUACCGAAGAGUUGAAUGUCAAUGUGCUUAGUAAAUGGAACAAUUUAUUUGAUCUAAAAUUAGAAAAUACGAAAUUUAGGACUUUCAAUUUGGACUUGGGUGUGUUAACCAAUGGAACACGAUUCCUUUCCAUCAUUGACACCAAUUUGAAAUACAUUUCAAAUGUCAGUCACUUGAAAAACUUGCAAAAAUUAAAUCUUACUAGAAAUCAACUCGAAAAUGUUCCGGAGAUAUUGCAACAUAUUUACGAUUCGAAACCAUUUGAGCUCGACAUUUCGUACAAUAAUUUGAAAAAUACUAAUUUCAAAUCCACAUCGAACAACAUAAAAAAGUUUAAUUUUAAAACACUAAGUGCCGCUCAUUGUAAAAUCACGAACGUUACCGAAUUGAUAGCACAAGUCGGUCCAUCGCUUGAGAAACUCGAUAUAUCGGGAAAUAAUUUACAAACUUUGAAUGCAAAUGCUUUUCAUGCAUUCAACUUACAAGUGAUUAAUAUGAGCUAUGGCAACUUAUCACAAAUUGAUUUUGGCAUCUUUAAGGAUCAAUUGGAACUACAAGAGAUAGACCUCUCCAACAAUAAACUGAAAUGGUUAAAUCUUACAUCUGCAUUGUUUUCAGCCGAUCAUAAGAGUGACAAAUUUUCACUUCAUUUGGAAGGAAAUGAUUUGACGGAAAUUUUUAUCGGAUUUUCAACAGCAAA